CGUGCGCACAGGGGUCAUCUGACUGCAGGAAGCAGUGUGAUCCCGACUACUACCUGGACAGGGACGGCCGCUGCAAGGCCUGUGUGACCUGUUCUGGAGAUGAUCUUGUGGAGAAGGUGCCGUGCUCAGGGAACUCCUCCCGCGUCUGUGAGUGCCGGCCUGGCAUGUUCUGUGCCACAUCAGCUGUCAACACCUGUGCCCGCUGCAUCCCCCACUCCGUCUGCCCCACAGGGAUGGUCGUCAGGUUCCGGGGUACAGCAGAGAGGGACACCAUCUGUGAGGAGCCCUCCCCAGUGACCAGCCCUGACUGCAGCACCAGCCCCGAAGCCAGCCAGGCGCCCGCCAGGAGAAUUGGCAGUGCCAUUUCUGGCUUCUCUCUCGGCAGCAGGCCCCCCCAGGCCAGGCCCCUGGGGACUUCCUCGGCAAGCUCCAAGGCCAGGACCACGCUUCCUGGAGGGGGUGCUUCCCUCACCCUGGAAAAUGAUUCCAAAAUGACCAGGGCCCCCAGCUCUCCCUCCUCGGUGCGGAAGCCCAGUCCCGAUCUGGGGCUGACCUCACAGCAGCUGUGCACACAGGGGUCAUCGGACUGUGGGAAGCAGUGUGACCCCGACUACUACCUGGACAAGGACGGCCGCUGCAAGGCCUGUGUGACCUGUUCUGGAGACCUGAUGGAGAAGGCGCCGUGCACGUGGAACUCCUCUCGAGUCUGCGAAUGUCGAUCUGGCAUGUCCUGUGCCACAUCAGCCACCAACUCCUGUGCCCGCUGUAUCCCCCACUCCGUCUGCCCACCAGGGAUGGUCACCAAACCCCAGGGUGCAGCUGAGAGGGAUGCCACAGAUGAGCUCCCUCCCUCCGAGGCCCGCCCUGAGUGCAGCACCAACCCAGAGGACAGCAAGACGCCCACCAGUGCCCCUGCCCCUCUGGUCUCCUCGGCAGACCCCCAGAUCAGUCAGGAGCAUGGAGGGGGCAUCACCCACGCCUGGGGAGACACCCCCAUAUCAACGAGCACACCCAUCUCUUUCUCCUCCACGGCAAAGCCCAUUCUGGUUUCAGGGCCGGUGCUCUUCUGGACGGUGCUGCUGCUGGUGGUGGUCCUGGGCUCCGUGUCCUUCCUCCUGUGCCACCGGAGGGCCUGCAGGAAGUGGAUUCAGCAGAAGCUCCACCUCUGCUACCCUGUCCAGACCUUCCGGCCCAAGCUGGAGCCCGUGGAUUCCAGGCCCUGGAGGAACCCGACACAGCUGAAGAGUAUAUCGGUGGUGGAGUCAGGUAUGGAAGAGCUGAGGUUAAUGAGCCCCCCGCCUGUGAAGACCUCCCCCAAUGGGGCAGCCUGCCUGGAGAGCAUGCGGCUGCUGGAAGCCAGCCCACCCGCCGCCGGGAGCCCCUCAUCCCCCAGGGACCUUCCCGAGCCCCGGGUGACUUCAGAGCAUACCAACAACAGGAUCGAGAAGAUCUACAUCAUGAAGGCUGACACAGUGAUUGUGGGGACCGUGAGGACUGAGGUGCCUGAGGGCCGGGGCCUGGUGGGGCCGGCGGGUCCUGAGUUCGAGGAGGAUCUGGAAGUGGACCAUGCUCCCCACUUCCCAGAGCAGGAGACAGAGCCUCCUCUGGGCAGCUGCGGGGAUGUCAUGUUCUCAGUAGAAGAGGAAGGAAAGGAGGCCCCCUUGCCCAUGGCGGUCUCCGAGAAAUGAAGCCUGGCCUGGGUUGGGGCUGAGAGGGCAGUGGGGUGCCCCCCCGGGAGGCCAGGGUGGCGCUGGUGGCAGAGGCCCCGUGUGGCCUGGACUGAGGUUCCACAUCCAGGGGUAGAGCAGCCUGGAGCAAGGGGGUUCUGGUGGUCUCUAGCUGCAUCCCCCCCGACCACUGCCCCCCAGCUCAGACCCUCGGGGAGCCUGGGCUUGUGCAGGAGCGACAACCUAGGGGCUGGAUCUGAAUGGCAGUGUUUGUUGGAACAGCGGACAGACAGCAGAGACUGGGCACCUUGUCUCCUGCCAGUGCUGGGAAGAUGCCCCCAGGGCCUUGAGCAUCACACCGCUGGGGCCGGGGCUCACUUGCGGCGGAGGCAUCCCCCUGUGCCUUCUACUCUCACGUGGACCUUGCCGCCAUGCCAGCAGCCCCCAGUUACUGUAACGUGGCCCCCUGUGGGCACUGAGCCAGCGCCUGCCAUGGUCGCUCCUGAGUCAAAAGGGACGUCGUCGGCUGGCCCCAUCUUGGUAACAGCCAGCGCACGGCGCUCUGUGCCCUGUGUCCGGGUGAGUGCCCAGCCUGGCCCCCAGCCCUGCCAGGGCUCGAGUGAGACCCUCCUGGUGCUGCCAGCCCUCCCCUAUUCUGUAGCCCUCACGGUGGGCUGGAGGCCUGGGGUCCCUGGCUGGUCUCACCAGGUCCCCACCAGUCCCCUCCGUGGGAGGCAUCUUAGGACCCAGAGGUCUGCAGACGCUCAGCAGCUGUAGCACCCUGCCCCCGCAGGAGACCCUCCCCAGCCAGCUGCCGCCUGGAGAAGGGCCUGCUGAAGGGGAGCCCUGGGCCCUUCCUGGGUCCUUGCCUGCUCCGUGGGCACCUCUGCUCUGUCCCGGGGACAUGCGCCUUCCCCACACCUGCCACGCCCUCGGAGCCCAGUGGCCCCCGCCCUGCCCUUGCGCUCCGGCCCCCAGCACCCAUGGCUGGGAUACAGAUGUCGGAAGGCAACACCAUUUCGCCCAGACAUCCUGCCUUAUUCCGGAUUCUCAGAAAAGCAAGUAGUCCAGUCUGGACUUGAGGACUUUUGCAUUUCACGCUAAGGAGUAGAGCUGUCCCGACUUGGGUCUGCGGGCCGGCUCUCCCCAGGGCUUUCAGACUCAUGUAAGCAAACCAGGGGCCUUGGAGAGGGACGUGUGGGCAGAUGACAGGGCUGCCCGCAGCUCAGGCCGUUCAGUCUCGGCUGCCUGGAGGCCCCUGGAAUUACCCACUGGAGGCCAGGCCUAGGAAAGCUGCUAUUUACCCGCCAGCCUGCUCACCACUCUCUGAAGGAAGUUGGGGCUGGGUCAGGAAUCACAAGGUAGUUUCUGAAAUUACUCAGAUGUUUGGGGGAAAGGUGGAGAGGCUAGGACACCGAGAGGGACUCACACCGGAACCUGAAGACGUUGCCAUGUGGUGGACAGUAUUUGCCCGGAUGUCUCUUGUGGGGACAGCGCGGGCGCACCGCGCCUGGAACUCCGGCUGGAAGGGACCCGAAGACGUCCCACCCUGCUGAGCAGGACACUGGCAGUCUUGGCUUGAAGAUAUGGACCGCAUGUUGGACGAAAUGAAGCACUCCUUUGCCCAAAGUCCCUUCACAAAACCUCUGAUCCUCUGAAACCUUUGAUCCUCAGAAAAUUUGUAAGGUCGCUUAAAAAUAACCAAUCGUAAGUUUCAGGAAAUGAUCUUUGAGAUUGAGUAUUUGAGAAUGUCUGAGCAGGAAUGGUCUGGGCAAUCUCUCUCCCCCCAGAAUAGCAGGUUCCUCUUCCUCCCCCUACCGAGGCGGCCAGCUUCUAUGCUCUGUGUGCUGUGUCGAAGUGAGUGCCCAGCCUGGCCCCCAGCCCUGCCGGGGCUCGAGUGAGACCCUUCUGGUGCUGCCAGCCCUCCCCUAUUCUGUAGCCCCCAGAGUGGGCCUCGGGUCAACUGACUUGUCUCACAAGGUCCCCACCAGUCCCCUCUGUGGGAAGCAUCUUGGGACCCAGAGGUCUGCAGAUGCUCUGUGCAGGGAGCCAGCUACCUGCUGGGGCAACCAUUCCCACUGCUGGAGGUUUUUCUUUAUCCUCAGAGGCAAACCCUUCCUCCAUGUAAUUCCCACUCCCUGGUCUAAGACUUGUCCUCUGAGGAUAUUUAAAAGAAAGCCUCUCUUGCCAUAAGUCUCCCUUUGGGUAUUUGUAGAAAGAGAUCCUGAGCCUCCCCGUGGCCCUCCCUCUGGACGGGGCUGAGCUGCCCCGCAGCUUGGGGAAAGGGAGUUCCAAAGUAGCAGCAUGAAUGCCCAGCUUUGGGGGCAAGGAGAGGACUGAGGGGUAAAUGGAAGCCUUGGACUUGGGGCCUGAGCUGGAAAGGGCCCAGCCUGCAGCCCUGAUCACAACUCAGGGCCAGUGGGGGGCCUGCUCCCCACCGCAGGCAGCUGGCCCGGAGCUCCCCUCUUGACUGUGGCGCACCUGUGGGGUGGACGAAAGAGACAGAGGGCUGUGGUCAGACCUCACCCACCCCAUCCCCAAGACUCCAGCUCAUGCCCAGACCUCACAAUCAAACCCAGCCAUUUACCCAGUGUUUCCCUGCCACGUGGUUGGUCCGAGAGCCGGGGCGAAUUUCCCUGCCCUGACCAGUGAUCAGGGACCAUUUCUUAACCUCUGUCCGUUCUGACGUCCAGGUGGGCAGAGGACUCAGGGUAGCGGACGGCAGGCCGUAAGGGAGCCUCCCACGCAUGAGUGACAUUCAUCUUCCUGAACACUUGUAUUCAGGGAGUGACGGUAAGUGACGUGUCCUAAGGAAGCUAGGCAGGCUGGUAGGUUGUAAGCUGUUUUCGGUUUAUAGAAUCUCUCAGGCCAGGGCCAUUCCCUGAAAUGGAACAAGAGGCUCAAUCUCCAGAGCCUCUGUGUCCUCUCACUGCUCCCCGGGGCUGAGAUCUUGAAGAGCAGUCACCGGGGACUGGCUUGUUGGGCUAAACAGAAAUGAAAAUCUGUGCAGGGACAAGGCAGCUCUCUUGCUGCAGGUUCUUGGGUGCCUUCUGUCCCACCCACACUCUUGACCCUGUCC